AAUAGCCGAGAUACACUAUAAUCCUCCAAGAAAGAAACUCUCAUCUCUUACGACAAUGGCAUCCACAGCCAACCUCUCCAGCGCCAUGUUCAGCACCUCCUUCACCGUCCGAGAGCCGGUCACUAGCCUACGGGAUCUUCCUAAUAUUGGAAAGGCUCUUUUCGGCUUGAAAUCCAACCGUGGAGGACGGUUUAAGGCAAUGGCAUUGUACAAAGUGACUGCCAUCACUCCAGAUUGCAAUAUUCAAAUCGAUUGUCCUGAUUAUACCAUUAUUCUUGACGCUUUGGAGAAGGCUGGUCAUGACCUGCCAUGCUCAUGCAGGGCUGGUGAUUGCUCUGCUUGUGUUGCGAAACUUGUAGAAGGAACUGUGGAUCAGUCUGAGGGGUGCUUCCUUGACGAGGAUCAGAUUGCAGCUGGUUGGGUUCUCACUUGUGUUGCUUAUCCUCGGUCUGAUGUUGUCAUUAUGACACACAAGGAGGAGGAGAUGACUAAUGAUGAGGAUUAAUUAUUGAAGCCUGGUCGGAGUCUUCUUUACUUUGUUUUUGUAAUAAGUCUCUGUUGGUUUGUGGGGUUGGCUUAGCUUGUUCUUCAGAACAAGACUGUCAUGUUUUGUUGUUAAUGGAGUUUUGUUGAAGUUUGUCGUCACAAUCGGAUCAAACUCUCAUCAGCUUAGUAAAGUUUUAUUAUCAAUGGAGUAUUACUAUGUUCUAUGCCAUGGUGAUGGAUUUCGUAAUUUGGGCUUUCAUUUCCUCCCCCUCUAGCACUGCUUGGCACAGUUGUUGGAAGGGAAUGGAGUGGCGCUGCAAAGAGAAAUUAUACAAUGAAGUUUUUAUCACCUGUCUUUAUUUUCAA